AUGGCAAAUUUUCAAGGUAGACCAGAAGAAUCAAUGUCAAGUCCGUUUUUCUUACAUCCUAAUGAGAAUCCCUCGCUGAUUCUUGUUUCAAACUUACUCAAUGGAAGCAACUACCAUUCGUGGUUCAGAUCUAUGAAGAUGGCACUCAUCUCCAAGAACAAGUUCAAGUUCGUUAAUGGCUCAAUUCUUGUUCCUAAUGAAAAUGAUAAUUUGUUUGCUGCUUGGGAGAGGUGUAACACAAUGGUGAUGUCCUGGAUCUAUAGAUCUGUUACUCCUACCAUAGCAGAUAGUAUAUCUUGUAUGGAUACAGCAUUAGACAUAUGGAAUGAUUUGAAAGAUCGUUUUUCAGAAGGAGAUUCAUACAGGUUAGGUGAUAUUCAAGAAGAAAUUUACAGUUUUCAACAAAAUUCUUUAUCAGUUACUGAGUAUUUUACUCAUCUCAAGACACUUUGGGAUGAAUGGAUGAGUUUAAGACCUUUUCCUGUUUGUAUUUGUUUGCCUAAAUGCUCUUGCAAUGGAUAUGAGAUUGUUAAGAAGAAUUUUGCUAAUGAUCAGGUCAUUAAGUUUUUGAAAGGUUUGAUUGAUCAAUAUGGAACUGUGAGACAGCAAAUUCUUAUGAUUGAACCUCUUCCUCCUAUGAACAAGGUUUUUUCAAUGGUGAUUCAAAAUGAGAGACAGCUUUCUGGUUCAUAUAAUGCCAGAAAUGCAGUUGAUCCUAAUAUCUUACUUGCUAGAGGAAACAAUCAAUAUGAUGGAGAUAAUACUGAUCUGAAUUCUGAUUAUGAGUCUAGUGUAUGUUAUGCUAGAGGAAGAGGUGGAAACAACUACAGAGGAAAUUUCAGAAAGCCUCCUCCUGGUUUUCCAUUCAUACCAGGAGCUAAACCAAAACUGUGUUCUUACUGUGGUUAUACAGGUCAUACUAUUGACAUAUGCUAUAGAAAACAUGGUUAUCCACCAGGUUUUGCUUCAAAAGGCAGAGGAGAGAGCUCUUAUGCUAAUCAAGUUGAUUUCUCAACUCAUGGUCCAUCAGAAAUGAAUCAAAAUGCUGGAAUGAAUGAUCCUGGGCAGCAUGGACCAAACACUGAUUCUUAUAAUGCUCAUCAUAGAAAUAUUGAUUCUUCUGUUUCAACAGGAUCAGUUUUCCCUUUCACACCUGAACAAUGCCAGAAGAUCAUGGCCUUAAUUCAACAGGAUGCUAAAGGUAUACCACAAGGAAGUACAACACAUGUCAAUUCUGUUGAUUCUCUGACUGCAAAUUUCAACUCUAUCCCCAUUGAACAAGGUACUAUUCAUACUUGUUCUUUUACUGCUACUUCCUAUAAAGAUACUUGGAUCCUAGACACAGGAGCAACUGAUCAUAUUGUUUGCAAUUCAAGUUUCUUUAAAACCUAUUAUAGUGUUACAAAUGUUCAUGUGAAAUUACCUACUGGCCAGCUAGUUUCAGUAACACAUGUAGGUGAAAUACAGUUGAGUGAUCAUCUAGUUCUGCACAAUGUUCUACAUGUCCCAGACUUCACUUUCAAUCUCAUUUCAGCAAGCAAACUCACAGAUGAUAAGAAGUUAUGCUUAAUUCUUUAUCAUGAUGCUUGCUUUAUUCAGGAAGUAACUACAUGGAGAAUGAUUGGCUUAGCUAGAAAGCAAAAGGGGUUGUACAUCAUGAUGCAGGAUGAUUUGAGAAUUUCUUCAUGUAAUAAAGUUGCUAAGCAUAGUAUUGAUGACUCUAAUGUUUGGCAUUACAGAUUAGGUCAUUUGUCACCUAAUAGAAUAAGAUUACUUCACAAGAUAGACUCAUCUAUUCAAGUUUCUGGAUUAGAUGUUUGUGAUGUAUGUCACUAUGCUAAACAAAAAAGGUUGCCUUUUCCAGUGAGUUCUUCUGUUAGCAAUGCUAUUUUUGAUUUGUUACAUGUAGACAUAUGGGGACCAGUUUCUACAAAUUCCAUUCAAGGUUAUAGGUACUUUCUGACUUUGGUUGAUGAUCAUUCUAGACAUACUUGGAUUUUUCUAAUGAAAGAUAAGUCAGAAACCAGGGGCCAUUUGAAGAAUUUUGUGGUUUAUGCACAGAAUCAAUUCUCCAAAACUAUAAAGACUGUGAGGUCAGAUAAUGGUCUUGAGUUCAAAUUUCCAGAGCUAUACCAUAAAUAUGGAAUUCUGCAUCAAACAAGCUGUGUUCAUACACCACAGCAGAAUAGCAUUGUAGAACGCAAACAUCAACACAUAUUGAAUGUGGCAAGAGCCCUGAAGUUCCAGUCUGGGAUUUCUAUGCAGUUUUGGGCACAUUGUGUUAGUCAUGAAGUUUACCUAAUCAACAGGAUCCCCUCUCCUGUUAUUAAUGAAGAAACACCAUAUCAAAGACUUCACACUACUAGAAAACAGACCUGUUAA